AUGGAAAGAGAACUUGUGUCCUUAUCUCCAUCCAUCUCCGCAUCAGAAAUGGAAACCAACAGCACCUUCAGCGAUCACCAUAGCGACAGGAACUGCACAGCUGAAUACUUUAAGAGAGAAUUUUACCCCAUCGUGUACAUGGUAAUAUUUAUCUGGGGAGCCUUGGGAAAUGGCUUUUCCAUAUAUGUUUUCCUGCAACCUUAUAGGAAGUCCACAUCUGUGAACAUUUUCAUGCUCAACCUGGCUACUUCAGAUCUCUUGUUCACAGCCACACUGCCCUUCAGGGUGGACUAUUACCUCAGAGGGUCCAACUGGAUAUUCGGGGACCUGACUUGCAGGAUUAUGUCUUACUCUAUGUAUGUCAACAUGUACAGCAGCAUUUAUUUCCUGACUGUGUUGAGUGUUGUGCGUUUCCUGGCAACCGUUCACCCCUUCCGGCUCCUUCAUACCACCAGCAUCAAGAAUGCCUGGAUUCUUUGUGGGGUCAUAUGGAUCUUUAUCAUGUCUGCCUCAAUAAUGCUUCUGAAAAAUGGCUCUGAGUUGAAGGGCAAUGUCACAUUGUGCUUGGAGCUGAAUCGUAAUAAAGCUACUAAACUGAAGACCAUGAACUACAUUGCCUUGGUAGUGGGCUUUCUCCUGCCCUUCUGCACGCUCAGCAUCUGCUACCUGCUGAUCAUUCGAGCUCUGUUGAAGGUGGAGGUCCCAGAAUCAGGGCUGCGGCUUUCUCACAGGAAGGCACUGACCACCAUCAUCAUUGCCUUGAUCAUCUUCCUCCUGUGUUUCUUGCCCUAUCAUAUACUGAGAACCCUCCACCUGCUCCAGUGGAAGGCGGAUACAUGCAGAGACCCACUGCAUAAAGCUGUGGCCGUCACACUGGCUUUGGCGGCAGCCAACAGCUGCUUCAACCCUUUGCUUUAUUACUUUGCUGGGGAGAAUUUUAAGGACAGACUAAAGUCUGCACUCAGGAAAGAUCAUCUACAGGAACCAAAGUGCAACUUUCCUUUCUGUGUGUGGCUGGAAAAUGAAACAAGAGUGUAA